AUGCGGUUCCGCAGGAAGGUCAGGAGCCCGGCGGUGCUGAGCCACGAGUUCGUCAUUCAGAACCAUGCGGAUACCGCCUACUCCCUGGUGAUGAGCCUCCUGAUGGGGGUCGUGAUUAAGGGCCCAGACAAAUAUGCCAUCAUGUUCGUUGCUGUGCAGUACAACGUCACCUAUACUACUGAUGACAACAGUGAGCAAUUUCAUUUUUAUGACUAUGGUCCAAAAGACAUUGCCACAGUCGUCUUCUACAUGCUUGUGGCUAUUAAUCUGCAUGCUGUAAUCCAGGAGUACAUAUUAGAUAAAAUUAAUAGAUGUCUGCAUUUGUCAAAACCAAAGCACAGCAAAUUCAAUGAAUCGGGACAGCUAGUGUUUUUCUACUUGUUUUCAUUUGUAUGGGGAGCAAGUAUUUUGAAUACAGAAGAAUUUAUGAUGAUUCCAACAUCACUUUGGAGAGAUUAUCCCCAUUCUCGUAUGCUUUUUCAGGUAAAAUUCUUCUAUGUUUGCCAGAUAGCGUAUUGGUUUCACGCAGUGCUGGAGCUAUACUUCCAAAAGAUCCAAAAGGAAGAUAUUCCAAGGCAGCUGUGUUAUAUUUGCCUUUACAUUGCUCAUAUCUCUGGUGCCUAUAUCUUAAACUUGCAUCGGUUGGGGCUAAUUCUGAUGGUACCUCACUAUUUAGUGGAACUCAUUUUUCAUGCCUCACGUCUUGUCUACCUCAGUGAUGAAAACAAUCAAAAAGGAUUUACCAUCUGGGCGUUACUUUUCGUAAUGGUGCGUCUUUUGACCCUAACUUUAUCUGUUCUCACAUUUGGAUUUGGUCUGGCAAGAGUAGAGAAUCCAGAGUUUUCCAUAGCAGACGGAAACUUCAAUGUACUUCCUGUGAGGAUUGGCUGCCUGGGUGCUGUUUGUCUAACACAGGCCUGGAUGAUGUGGAAGUUCAUAAAGUUUCAGCUAAAGAAAUGGAGAGAGCAUGUCAAGAACCAGAUUCCAAGGAAAAAAAUAAACAACACAAAGAAUAAACGAACAAAAGGAACAAAACAAAGGAAUAAAGCUAACUUUGUCAAUGGAGCAGCCAAAUUAGGAGGUGAAGCACCGCCAAGAAUAAGAAGAUCAAAACCACUAUAA